AUGCAGGCAAACGAUUUUUUUCAACUUGUAAAAUUCACAAGCGAUAUUCGUGUAAUAAGUGUUGUUACUAUAAUUAUAAUUUACCAUUUAAUUUAUAUGUUUGUUCUUAAUUAUGUUGGACAAGAAUUAAUGAAUCAUGGAUUACACUUCUUUAAAGUAAGCUAUAAUGGAUUGUGGUAUGCAGCACCUUUGCAUACCCAAAAAUUAUUAUUAUUUAUAAUGCAAAGGGGAACAAUAAAUAUUGUUUUCGUAUGUGGUAGAAUAUAUGUUGCAUCUUUGGAAGGAUUUGCUACGCUUAUAAGUACGGCAGUAUCUUAUUUUACAGUGAUUUAUUCUACACGAUAG